UUUCCUAUUAACUCUCCCUCUCACACAUUUUGUUUUUUCGAUCACUUUUCUAUUUAAUUUGCAAAAUUCUCUCAAAACCUCUCUCUUAUAAACCCCUCUAUUAUCAGAAUUUAAAUCAGAAUUUUAAAUAAAAAUUUUAAACCUCUCACACACUCUCUCCUCUACUUUUUGUUAUUUAAAAUCAAAAUUUAAUUUUUUAAACCAGAAUUUUAAAUAUUUUUGAUUUGAAUUGCAAUUUUCUAAUUGCACUGUUUCUAGAAAUUUCAAUUUUAAUGAUUUUUAAAUCAGAAUUUUAAACUACUCAAUGUGCUUCUCCUUCCUUUCUCCCAUAUACAUUAGUCUUCCAAAGCUCCCCAAAUCAUCUUUGGCUAUUCCUCCUCCAUUUCCUUUCAAUUCUCUCCAUUCCUCUCUUCAAUUUCUUCCUCUUCCUCUUCCUCAUCCACUUCCCUUCCUCAUCCUCUUCAUUCUAACUUCAAUUUUCUUCUUUUACUCCACUCUCUCUUCCCCCACUCUUUUCCCAAUUUUCUUCAUUUUCCCUUUAUCUAUUCCUCAUCCUUCCCCUCAUUACUCUUUACUAUUUUAAUCCUCUUCCUUUUAAAAUUUCCUCCUUCCCCAUUUCAACCUUGUCCAAAACUUGUCAUUCAUUGUCUUCUUUUAGUCCCUCAAAACUAACAAAUAAAGCAUUGCACUAGCUGCCACUUUACCUCAAUUCGGAGGACUUUAAAACUAAAAAAAGUGAAGGAAGGCUUCCCUCGAUC